UGCAAACACUGAACGCCGCCUCUUAAAAUUAAUUUUUAAUUAAUACACGUUACAGUCGGUGAAACCCAGUGAUUUACUUAUAAAUAAAAUUUACCACAGAUUGUCCCAUCAACCGACAGGAAGCGGAUACUGAUGAUUGGUUGUUUAAUGGUUGCCCACGGCAAUGGAGCUAACCGUUUCUUUAUGCAUCGUUAUGAGACUCUUGUCCAUCAGCGUUAUUGACGCCGACGAUAACCUGACUGACAGUGCGGGUACGUCAGAGCCGUUGAAUUCUAGCUCUGGCAAUACCACCAACUUCAAUUCGUGGACAGAUUUAACAACAACAUUGUCAACGGUAACGCAAAGCGAGGUUCCGCCGCCAGCAGGUACACUGCCAAAUCUUCAAAUAAACGUUCAUUCUUUAUGUGUUUGCGACUUACUGGUGGAACAUUGUGAUAUACAUUGCUGCUGUGAUCCAGACUGUAGACAAUCUGAUCGUUCUACUUUUACAACCUGUGAUAUUGAGAUUGUCACGGGUGACAAUAAGCUUUGCAAUCAAGAAGCAGCAAUGUAUACUUUGGAUUGGAAUAAAUCUGUAUCCUUGAUCAACCCCAGCAUAUUUUGUAUUGAGACAAAUAAUUAUAAAGCAGGAUCUUAUUUUGCCCCAGAAGUGCCAACCACUCAUAAUUUUGACAGAUUAAUGAGACAAUUUGGUGGUUCUUCCUUCAGUACAUCAAAUUUACCGACUACAAGUACACCCAAGUCAACAGCAAGAGGCUAUCAGUAUGGAGUUCCUAUUAAAUCUGUUGAUGAUUUUCUGAGACUUCCUGCUCCUCUGGCAACAUCUGAAUGCACUGACGAUAAUCCAGCAGGCUUUUUAGUAAAUCAGGCAACACACUGCAGUAGAAAAUUUGAUGUAGCAACAAAUUGCAGUAACGUUCCAGCAUUAAGCACACAACACUAUCUCCAUUUCACUAUUUUGCCAACCCCCAAUGGAAGCUUGAACAGUGCUAUUCCUUUCCUUCUUACCUCUGUUAAUUUGAGAUCUCUAAAUGGAACAAUAGCACAUACAAAUGACCCCGAUCCUGACAAUUGGUUGCCUCAUUUGCGUGAUGAUGUCUGCAUAAAUGUGGUGCUAGAGGUGAAUUAUAUCAUUGUAUACAAUGAAAAAGGAAAAAUUGUAAAUGCCUCUGUUGCAUUCAUUCUUGGAGCCAUUGAAAAUAACAUGGUGCCAAUACAACAACAUUUCCAGAUUACAUUCAUUCAGGACAAUACAACAGGAGUUCCUCUCAGUGGAAAUCCAGGUUACAUUGUUGGACUCCCUGUCGUGGCUGGAUUUGGACCAAAUGCCUCAUUUGGUAUAAUUCAGACCAAAAACAGAUUUGGGCAGCUGACUGUCAUUAAGAGUUCGACUAAGCAGGAUUGUUUAUGGAUGGAAGGACUUCGGACACCAGUACUUUUUGGAUAUAAUUUACAUUCAGGUUGUAUAUUGCGAAUAACGAACAGCACAACAUGCCAACAGUGGUCACAAAUCAUUAGAAAUCUGUUAAUCGGCCAAAACUUUCCGAAAAUUGUGGCAUCGUUUGGAAAUUCUCCAGUCCAGUAUGCAAAAGACUGGGUGACCAUCAAGCAAGUUAUCUCUAGAGCUCAGAGUUGCGAUUGUGAAGUUCCUCAGUCUUUAGUUCUCAGGGUGAUGUGGACGAAGUAUGGAUCCUUAAUAAAUCCACAAGCUAAAAUAAUUGACGUCACGCAAACAAUCCGAAAAGCCUGCAUUAUGAUGCCUUUGAAAUCUCCAAAAACGUUACAUAUUUCUACCUCUGUUACGUUUACGGAUAUGUCAGCAUCUGCCCAACCUGGAUACAAAAUGAGGCCAACGAUCGAUGCUGAAUUACCCUAUGAUUUCUUCUUUCCCUUUUUGUGAAAGGACCUGAACUGCUCACGGAGGCAGGAUUAUAUUUAAACUUUUGCCUGAAAUUGAUCAUAUGUCUGCUUUAUAAAGUUAGAUUAUUUUUCAAACAUUUGAACUUCCAGUUGCAAUUCCCUCAAGUGUCAUUUUUCUACCUAGAUAUUGGAUCAAAUAAUUUGUAUUUAUUUAUAUUUUGUACAUUAAUGGAAGAACCAGCACAGGUUUCCAACCACACUACAUUUACAGAACAAGAAUUGCAUCUACAAGCAGCUCAUCUUUAACAGCACUGAAAUUAAUACACAUGCAGAGCAGAAAGUACUGUAAUAUUUAUAGCAUUAAUUAUUUUUAAGGAUUUUGGACACUAUUUAAACUGUAUUGUAAAUGGUCCGGUACCAUCAUUUUGUCUUUUUUUUUAAAUGAUGCUUUCAAUGCAGGGAGAAUUUUUAAAUCUAAUUUGUAUUUUUACAAUUCAUACGUGUUAUAUCUUACAAUUGUUCUAAGAUGUGUAUGACCAUCUUCUUAAUUCAACUAUUUAUUUCAAGUUAAUCUUGUUUUAAGUUACUGAUUUCCAUAACUAUUUCAAAAUGACAUAUAGAAACUAAUCAUUUAAUAACAAAUUGUCAAUAUUUCUUUUGUAUUUAUUAAAAUUCAUUUUGUAUAAAUUUAUUGUAUGUUUGUGCAUCUGAAAUGAAUUAAAACCAUGGUCUUUAUACAUUUGUCUUGACUAACUAUGUAAAGCAUGUUAUUAAUUUUGCAUGUGCACAAAUCAUCUAGUCAAUAAAUAAAAGCAGUUUGACAAAAGUAUUACUCUGUACAUAUUCUUGGAAUCUAUUUACUUAGUAAUUCUCAUGAAUGAAUAAAAAAAACUUUAUUUGACUUUCAUCCCAUCUACCACCCCCUGAGAAAAAGCUGUAGUGAAUACUGACUAAAUCAACCCAAUCUCUCUUUACCUAACAAUCCUGUUUCCCAAUAAUCAGGCGGGUGGAUCUUUGCAUCAUUCCCUGUAUGGUAAGAUCUAAAGAUAGAUGUGACAGAGACAGAUUUCACUUAAAUCAAAGAUACCAAUUUUCCAAAAUGUUAUUUUUUUCUUCCAAGGUGGAAGCCACACAGUUUCAGUGUAUAUUCAAACCCAGAGACCGCAAUGACAGCUCAGUUAGAAAAUGUUGUAACACACACAGAUGGCAGUGAGUUAAUGCUUUGAGUUUUAUAUGAUUUGUUAGGAAUGGAGGGUAAGUGAAGCUGAGUUAAUAUUCAGACAACAACAAGAAACAACAUAUUUCUACCAUUCUUCAGUUCUGAAGAGUUGGACUCAAAUUUAAAUGUUGACUCACCUUAUCACUGCCAGACUUGCUGAGUAUAUUCAACAUUUUGUUUUCAUUUCAGAUACCAGAGGCUGCUAAUGAUGGUUACUACCUAUCCCAGUAAGCAGUCAGCACCUUUAGCAUGGAAGAGAUAAUCUAGUCUUUUGUGGCACUCAAAUGGUGAAGUACAACCAGUUUUAAUUGUGUUCCAUUCUCAGUCACAUUGCUGAGGGUACAGUCUUCCCAGUAGCCUCUUGGAUGUGAUAUUCAUGGUAAACCGCAUGUAUAUACUCCUGGCUCCAAUCAGCUCCAAUUCAGGAGGUAAAAGGAAAAGGACAUAGGAUUGUAAUCACAAAUGAAAUUCAUCCAGAUCCCUUUUGCCUGA